AACAACAUCAACCCAAGCUGGCAAGCAGCAGCAAAGCAACCUUUAGAAAAACCAAAAACUCGAACCCGCGGACUUCUGCAAACGACAUCUGCAGCCCCUUCUCGCUCCACUCUAAACCACAGAUAGACGAGAUAAUGAACAUGGACCAUCUGGGCUUCAGUCCAGACGAGCACAUGGCAGCAUCGGCUGUUGCUUCCUUGGCAACGAGCAAACGAAAGAGAGAAGACGAGGACGUAGAGAUGCAAGAUUGCAACAAAAUGGUUAAAACAGAUGCAGAAUCAAGACCUCUCAAGCCUGUCAAGAAGGCACCUAUCAUCCGUGUGAUGCGUCCAGCUCCCUUCUUCUUCUACAAGGACUUUUCCCGGGUUCCCGAUAACGACCCACUGACUCCAUUGACAGUCCCCGGAAGAGUACCAAAUUUCCCAGCCAAGAUGCACGCCAUUCUGAGCCGAACUGACCUCCGUGGAAUUGUAACUUGGCAACCACACGGAAGGGCAUGGCGAGUUUUGAAGCCUCGUGAAUUUGAGGUCAAAGUGCUGCCCAAGUUUUUUGAACACGCGAAAUUUAGUAGUUUUGUUCGUCAAGCAAAUGGUUGGGGAUUCCGCCGUAUCACCCAAGGGGCUGACAGAAAUUGUUACUAUCAUGAGAAGUUCCUUCGCGGCUUGCCACACCUAUGCAAGGACGUGAAGAGGCCAGGUGUCGCAGAGAAAAAGGUUGCAGACCCUGCACACGAACCUGACCUGUAUGCCAUUAGCAAGCUACACCCUGUACCCGAGAAGGUAGCGGCGGAUGAGUCCAUACUACUGCAAUGUGUGCUCCAAGGUGGACCCAAGGCUAGAGUCCCCAUCUAUCCGGGAGGCAUGGGAUUCUUGCCCAAGGUGCCGAUACCGAACAAGACAGAAUUGGCCACCCACGUUGCACCGGGCGAUUGUCUUGUUCUCGAUUCGUUCCAGCAAACAAUUGCUGCCUCUGAGAGUCAGUUCCGUGGCCUAGGUGUGCCCCCGGCCACAGUGACGAUGCGGCCGACCCUGACGAUUCCCAACCUGCCUCUUCCCGCCUAUUUGGGCACACCGGGAGCAGCCUCUGCUCUGCUUCACAGCCAACAGGGCCAACGGACCACAUUGUCGGCUCUGGCCACAGCAAACCAUCUCUCGAUGCAGCCUGCUCCCACACCGGCCACGGUAAAUCCAACUGCAUCGCGUGAUUUUGCCGCGGGAUUUGCCAUGGCGACGGCGUUCAGCCAGCAACAAUUCCGCAAUAUCCUGGAUAACCUUGCCCAGCAUCAGAAGAAGUGAAAUCAACCCCGAUUUUGAUUUCGGAAGCUCCGUUGUGUUUGCUUCCGGCGAUUGUGACGCUCGGUGCGCCUUCUUCUUGGCAACUGAUUGCAAGAGGACGCUUGCUUAUUGCAUAGAACAUUUUCGUUUGCAUAUUUCAUAGAGCAUGGAAAUAAUCGUGUGCUUUGACAAAUGGUCUCCUACCAUACCGUACAGUAGUCGUCCCAAGUUUCUAGCAUCAUGGACCUUCGACACAACACUCUGCCAGAGUACCGUAUGUGACAGAGUAACACGAAACGAGGUAGUCGCCGCCUGAGGGUACAUGUCUGUAGUAGCGCGAGCAUGAACUGAUCAAACAAGGCAAUCGUGAACCACGAGCAUUCGAUCAUUCGCUUGCACAAUUCGCCUCAUAGUACCCCC